AUGGCCAUCGAUAAGAGCACCUCCAUGGGCCGGCGCCCACCCGCCAGCCUGUCCCUGUCCAUCCAGACCGGCCACGCCCCAGCGGCACUCGCCGCCGAUCUGCCCCUCACGGCCAACUCGGUCACCUUCCCCUCGGCACCCUCCCUCAGCUCCACGUCCUCCGCAUCCACGCCCACCAGCUGCAGUUCUGCCUCCUCCUUCACCCACCAUCUCCGCUCCUUCAAUCCGCCCAACGUCCCCGUCCUCCGCCACUCCUCGGCAUCCCUCUCCAACCUGCUCGGCCGCCCCCUCCAAGCCCACCACCCCGAGAGCCCUCACCCGCAUUACCACACCAUCACCGCAGCCCAGAUCAAGAAAUACCUGCUCACUCAGCCCAGCACCCCCUGCCAUUCUCCGCCCGCCAACUCGAUCCAGUUCCCGCCGAGCAGCCCCACCUGGGAUCAGCACGCAGCCCCCGUCGACGCCCUCGCCGAGAGCGCCGAUCCACGCGACGCGUUCGAUCGGCUCAUCGAGCACUGGCUGACCAGCAAAUUCGAGCCCGAUCUCAUCAGCUCCCAGUAUACCGCCUCCCCCCACCAAUCACUCAUCCCCGAACUCGACAUCCUCGUCGGCUUCAAGGCCAUCUCCGACCAGCUCAGUCUCCCCCCGCUCGACCGCCACCAGGUCUGGGCUACCUUGCGCCAUGUCUUCCCCUCCGUCAGGUCCUGGGCUAGACCUACCCCUCCCGGACUCCGGUCCAACCAAGAAUUUGUUGUCGUCGGAAUCAAACUCAAAACCCCAACCUCCAACGACCCCGCAAAACCGGAGACGCGUACAGACGCGCCGAAAAAUCAACAUCAACAGACUUGCCAAUUUGAUAAAUUGGACUUCAAGAAGCCUAUUCCAAGCGGAAUGCAUUCGACAGAACUCAUCGAAUAUAUGCGGCAACGAAUCUGCGAGCUCGAGCCGCAACCGAGCGCCAAAGUCCCGCGCCUGCCCUUCCAUAAACUGAAGCCCAAGACGCGCGCCGAUCAAGGUGAUAGUAAAAAGCACGACUACGCGCCCCUCCGUUUGUUUCGGUUCGAUUAUCCUCGACGCACGUUGUAUUCUGAUAAGGCCCAGCGAGAUCUGGUGUCACUCUUAGGCCAGCGGAUCUGGACAUCCGUCAUCCAGGCGUGCAAGUACACCAAGGACGAUUUCCAGGCUGGGGAAAUCCUGGUCGCGUCGUGGACCGAAAACAUGGACAAAUAUGAAUUUGACCUGAUUUGCAAGAAUAGCAAGUCGAGUGAAACCCGCUCGUCCGAAACAACGAGCAAAAAGACGAUCAAGAUCGGCUACCCGUUCCACAAAACCCACCCACCUAUCAAGUUGUUCAAGUCCCAACCGAUCCACGACUUCAACGCGCUAGUAUUUGGCGAUGAGAAGCGACAAGCCGAUGUGAUGAUGCAGGACUAUCGCAAUGGAGCCAGCGCCCAUAAUUUGCCGCGCUUGAGAGACUUCAGAAUCGUCCAGAUCUCCACCUAUCCUGGGCUCACGUCUCGCGAUCCCAAACGAGGGGGAGUCCAAGGCAAGUUCAGCUCGCUCUCCAAAGGCGCCUUCGCCGCCAAAACGAAGACCACCUCGACCCAUCUCGACAACAACAACCAGACGGCGUGUAGGGGUGGAGCGCGGCACGAGAAACGCAGGGGCAAGAGCUUGGAUCUGUUCAAUAACCCCCUUGUUCUCGCCCCGGUUGAUGGUCGCAAGGAUGGGUCCGACAAAGCUCCGCUCACUAGUUUCUUGGGACAGAUCAAUCAGAACUUUCAUGAGAAACGCAAAUCGUUCACGCUUGACAAGUUGUUCAACUACCAGCCCCAGCAGCAGCAGGAUCCAUCCGAUUCCAUUCGUCCUGAUAACAAAAACACCAACAACACUUCGUCUGCUUACACGUGUUCUUCGACUUUGACCUUGCAAGAAAUCACGAUCGAGUUUAAUUUGCUCCGCUUAAACCAACUGAAAAUCCAAAUCAAGGUGCUUCAAAAGGAUGAUUCGUAG